UUCUCCCACCAACCAAAAAAGAGACCAACGUAGACUCCACCACCAACGCAUCUCAUCUAAAAAACCAGAGCCGCAAAUUAAAAUCCUCCCGCCAAAUAUAACGGCUAUUGUCAACACCAAUUAGGCAGCUUCACUCCCCUGCUCUCCUCUUAAACCAAUCUAUUCCUCCUCUCAUCCAUUCCUCCCUUAUCACCAUGGCUGCUCAUCUCAUCACAUUCCUUCUCCUAACAACCAUCCACCACUCGGCUGGUGACGACCGCUCCUCCCUUCUCUCUUUCCUUGCCGGCCUCACUCCCCACAGCGCCCUCUCCCUCACCAAUUGGAAAACUUCUCCUAACGUCUGCAACUGGACCGGCGUCUCUUGCCAUCACUUGCCGCCUUCACAACGUGUCGCUGAGCUCGAUCUCAGCGGUCGAAACCUCCAUGGCAAAAUCUCCCCUUUUCUCUCCAAUCUCUCCUCCCUCGAAGAACUCGAUCUCUCCAAUAAUUUUCUCACGGGCCCAAUUCCCCCUGAACUCGGCUCCCUCUCCGGCCUCAAACAGCUCAGCCUCUACUCCAACCUCUUCUCCGGCACCAUACCAUUCCAGCUCGGUUUUUUAAACUCGUUAGUUUUUCUUAGCCUCGGUAGCAACCAGUUAACAGGAGAAGUACCAUCAACUCUCUUCUGCAACUACUCCAGAUCAGCUACAAACCAACUCUCUUUACAAACCAUUGAUCUUUCAAACAACUUCCUCACCGGCGAGAUUCCGCUUCCAAGCAACAGCCUUUGCCUGCUCCACGACCUCCGUUACCUCCUCUUAUCGUACAACCAGCUUUCUGGUUCGAUCCCACCAACGCUUUCCAACUCCUCUCAACUGGAAUGGAUCUACCUCGAGUCCAAUAAUCUCAACGGCGGCUUGCCGCUGAACAUCUUUAACAAUAUGCCUUAUCUGCAGUUUCUUUCCCUCUCAUUCAACAACCUUUCAACUGAUGAUCUCAACCCCUUCUUCACUUCUUUGAGCAACUGCUCCGGUUUACAAGAGCUGGGGCUCGACGGAAACGUUUUCCGCGGUGAGCUUCCACCCUCAAUCGGUGACCUCUCCGUCAGCCUCUCACAGCUCUACCUCGAGGGGAAUCAAAUCACCGGACCAAUCCAUCCUAACAUAUCAAAACUCGUUAACCUCACAUAUUUAGACCUAUCCAAUAACGAAUUCAACGGAUCAAUCUCGCCAGAAAUCGGCCGCCUCUGUAGGCUGGAAAGAUUCUACCUUUCAAACAAUAGACUAACAGGCAAAAUCCCCCCAUCAUUCGGCAAAAUUCUUCGGCUUGGCCUCUUAGAUGUAUCGGGCAACGAACUCUCUGGCUCCAUACCAGAUGCAUUCGCCCAUCUCCCACAAUUCCGGCGACUACUUCUCAACGGCAACCGGCUCUCCGGCCAAAUUCCCCCAAGCCUCGGCAAUUGCAUCAAUCUAGAUAUACUCGACCUGUCUUACAACCAACUAACCGGUGAAAUUCCUCCCGAAAUUGCUGGUUUACAGAGCUUGAAGCUAUAUCUAAACCUAUCGAACAACAAUUUGCACGGCCAUUUGCCAUUGGAGAUGAGCAAGAUGGACAUGAUUCUAGCUUUGGAUCUGUCCUGCAACAAUUUAUCAGGCAUGAUACCUUCACAGAUUGGAAGCUGCGUGGCGUUGGAAUACCUCAAUCUAUCCAAAAACAGCUUUGGCGGUCAUUUUCCGAGUUCUAUAGGAGCUUUGCCUAACCUGAAAGUGCUGGACUUGUCAUCAAAUAAGCUUGUGGGCGCCAUGCCAGAGUCUUUAAAAGCUUCUUCUACUCUUCGAUACCUCAACGUUUCCUUCAACAACUUCUCCGGCAUUAUUCCUGGUGAUGGAGUGUUCAGAUCGCUCAGUGGAAGUUCCUUCUUCGGCAACCCGGGGCUCUGUGGUUACAAUAUUGAUGGAAUAACAGAAUGCAGAACAGAGACAGAUCAUCGACUUGGAAGGCUAAUUCGAAUAUCGCUAUCUAUUUCUGGGACUGCAAUUGUUCUUUUGACUUCGUUUUUUAUUGCAUGUCAAAUGAUGAGGAGGAGAUCAAGUAGCCCAAAGGAAGAUAUGGACAGCAUGGAAGACUUCAUUUCCAAUCAGUAA